UCAGUGGGGGAGGUCGGGGAGUAUGCGUGGACAGCUUUGUAGAGUGUCAGUGUUAGGAUGUUGAAUUUGAUCCGUUGCGCAAUUGGAAGGCCAGUGGAGGGAUUGGCAGAGAGGGGUGGAGUGAAUGGACGAGUGAUUGGAGGCCAGUGGAGGAGGGGCAGAGGGGGGUGGAGAGGGGGGGGGUGGGGUAGGCCUAUUCAGGCGACUCGACUGAUCGUGGCGGGUAGCCUGUGACGAGGCAGGCCAGUGACUGGAGCGGGUUGCAGUUAGUCGAGUCGUGAUAUGAUGAGGGAGUGGCGAUGAGCUGUUUAGUGGUUUUCCUGGAGUUAGGAACGUGCAGUAUAUUUGGCGGGGAUGGUUGCGGG